CUCUCCUUGCUGUGUCCAUUCUGACGCGCUGUCCUCCUGCCUUGGAGAAGGGAAGGAGAUCUGAAGACAUCUCUGUGACCAGGCCAGAAAACUGCCACCUGUCCAGGAAGCGGCUGAGACGGUGCCGUGAUGACGACCCCGCGGGGCAGCGUCCCGGUGCUGCUGCCGCUGCUGCUCCUGAGUCUCUUCCACGUCCCCAGGGCCCAGGAGGACUGCCCCUGGCACCCGGCCAUCCCGGGCAUCCCAGGCAUCCCUGGGGCACCGGGCCCUGAUGGCAAACCUGGGACUCCGGGGAUGAAGGGAGAGAAAGGGCUGCCAGGGUCAGCUGGAGACCACGACGAGCUUGGAGAGAAGGGGGAGCCAGGGUUUCCUGGGAUGCCGGGAAAAGUCGGCCCCAAGGGCCCCGUUGGCCCCAAAGGUGCCCCCGGGCUUCCUGGAGUCCGUGGCCCCAAAGGUGAAUCAGGAGACUACAGGGCCACACAGAAGAUCGCCUUCUCGGCCACGCGCACCAUCAACAGCCCCCUGAGGCGGGACCAGGUCAUCCGCUUUGACCACGUGAUCACCAACGCUAAUAACAACUACGAGUACCGAAACGGCAAGUUCACGUGCAAGGUGCCCGGCAUCUACUACUUCACCUACCACGCCAGCUCUCGGGGGAACCUGUGCGUGAACGUCAUGCGUGGCUGGGAGCAGGCACAGAAAGUGCUCACCUUCUGCGACUACGUCCACAACACCUUCCAGGUCACCACGGGCAGCGUCGUGCUGAAGCUGGGGCAGGGGGAGACGGUCUUCCUGCAGGCCACCGACAAGAACGCCCUGGUGGGCAUCGAUGGUGCCAACAGCAUCUUCUCCGGGUUCCUGCUCUUCCCGGAUUCAGAGGUGUGACCUGUGGGGUUAAUUCACCCCCUCUCCCGCCAGCCUCGCUCUCUUUACCCCCAACACCACCCCCCACCCGGCCAAAGCGCACAGUAGGGCUCCACGGAUGUUGCUGAAUGAAUGAGUAAAUAAACUUUUCAAGGCCAAGGGACAGGGGUCUGGUUCAAA